GAUAGUUGAUGGUUUAUAAUUUGUGAAAAAACUAGAAAUUGAAUGAAGAAAACUCUCUACGAAGAUGUGCAGCUUUUUGACUGAGAUGAAAAAUAUUUGUCUACGUGGGAGAAAUAUCAUGAAGUGGCAACGGAGUCUAUUUUAAAUAUAUAUAAUAGACAGAUAGAUACGAAAUAACAACAUAAUUGAUUUCGUUAUCAAAUAAAAAGGUCUAAAAUAUUUAAAAUAAGAAUGUUAUAAAUUUAAUGCACGCUAAGAAGAUAAAUGAUCCUAUAAAUAUAAGAAUGUCCUAAGCAUGUCAACAUGGAUGGACACAUGUAAGGUAAUAGAUUAUGCGACAGAAAGAAAUAGAACCGCAACUUGGACUCAAAAGAAAAGAAACACACAACACAACUUGUGGUUUUCUAACAACAAAUAGACAUAGCCAGCCAGCCAGAAAAAUGUGGCUAAACCAUGCCCCACAAAUUCUUUUUUUGCUUUUAGAAUCUUUUUCCUACCAAUCAUUAUCAUAUCAUCAUUCAAAUGGCAAUGGAGAUCAUAAAACAUGGAAAUUCCUUAUUAUUGAUACAUGUAGCUGGUUUUGCAAAGCUUGUUCCUUUUAUUGCUGAAUAUAUAUUGUAGAAGCAAGAUUCAAUUUUUAGCAUUCAUAUGGAUUGGCGUUAGAAAUUAAAAAAACAAACUCUGUGUGUAGGUAAACCCUGAAGUACCGUGUGAAUACACUUACAAGAUGGUGACGAUGAUGAAAGUUCGUAUGAUAAAAAAGGCUAUUCGAUUUUGAAAAUUUGGAAGAAAUCUACCUCUAAGACAGAAAUGGGGUUGCCACAGGUAUCUUCAUCCUUUCUUGUUGAGGAGAUGGCAACUUCAUUAGGCACAUUUGUGCAAACUGCACCUAGGAUUGCCAGCAUAAGCAACUAUGAGUUGAAUUUGUUGGCUGGAGAAGAAAAACUUGGCCAUGGCAUGCACAUUCAUAUGCCUAACUCUGAAUCGUCUAUUUCAAAUAAGUGUAACGAUGGUAAAUCCAAGAUACAAAAGUUGAAGAUUGAUUCCAAGGAACAAAUUGGCAGGUUAUCUGUCAAUGCUGAGCAAACUAUGCAGACGACUAUUUCUAGGACUGUAGGUUUUCAACUAAGAGCAUCAUUGGCUCCUCAUGCGAACGGUUUUGGAUCUUCUGGUGGAAAUGGAUAUUCACCAACUGAAGUAUCCGAUUCUCAUGUCAAAAGGCGAUUGUUGUCGCCUUUGAAUGUGAUGUUGCUUGGAGAUCAUUUUAAAGGUGAUCCUGAGUUUAAUCAAAGUUGUUUAGAGGCUGGCGAUGAUAAUUACAAUGAUCUACAUAAGUAUAAGAAGGUUCAUAUUGGAAACUACAACAAUAUUCAUACCACAGUUUGGUCGUCCUCUUGUUUUCAAGAACUUGUAAAUUCAUCUUGUAAUAAUGACUCUCGUACAAACCAAAUUUUAACGAGUGACGGUUUAAAUUGUGAAGUUCAGGAGCCAAAUUACAAAUCAUUUCUUGCAUUUAAUGAUUCUGAGAAGACAACUAAAAUCAAGUCCCAAACAUCAGCAUUGUUUAUACCUCAAAACAAGGAGUCGUCGCCUCGAUUCCCUUUAUCUCCUUUGGGUAAAAAACCAUGUACAGAUAAAUUUUUUGGAGAAUGUAGAGAUAUUGAUACCGAGUUAAGUGAUGCCAAUCUAAUUUUGAAUGAUGUUGAACAAUCACUUAAUAGAAAUUGUCAAGCCAUUUUAUCUGCACAAGAGAUACCAAGAAAAUCACAGUUCAAUUCCAACAGUAUGCAGCAAAACUCUGUCAUGGUUACUCCUGAUAAUAUCAUCGAUACGAAUGAGUAUUGGACUUUUCCUGCGAGCUUUCCUCCUCGGCGUGCCAAGUUAUGCGGAUCUGUGAAUAGGCUGCCAAUUAGAAGGACAUUGGUCGGUUCGUUUGAGGAGUCCCUAUUAUCCGGUCGAUUACUGUCUGACAAAGUUAGUCAGAAAAUUGAAGGCUUUCUUGCUAUGCUCAAUGUAACAGGAGGCAAUUUCUCGCCUCAAUCACGAAAAAUUCCAUUUGCAGUAACCAGUGUGGAUGGAGACAAAUAUCUACUUUAUUAUUCAUCAAUUAAUCUUUCAGGAAAGUUUUUAUCAAGCAAGUCUAGAGUAUCUAAAUUUCAGAGAACCCUUAGCAUGGAUGAAUCGCGAUAUGAAAGGAGACGUAUACGUAUACCUAUAAAGGGACGUAUUCAACUGGUUCUCAACAAUCCAGAGAGGACACCUAUUCACACCUUCUUUUGCAAUUAUGAUUUAAGUGACAUGCCAGCUGAUACCAAGACAUUCUUGCGUCAAAAGAUCACUUUAACCUCGUCGUCUAGGUCGAUGUAUUCGAAUGGAAAAGAAAUUCAAACAGAUUCUGAUGUUGAUGCCAAAUCCUCACUGAUCUCAAAUACCACUCGAAGAGAUAAAGAUUUUCUGACCUCAAAAUGCAGAGAGUUUGAUAGUUUUGCAUGUACUAAGGUUGGUAAGGAAGAAAACUCUAGUUCAAACACAUGCCUUGUUGAUGAAGACAAAUUUUUGAAUUGUUCUUCAAAGAUCAAUGACAAUUCUAUUAACAAUUGCAUCUUGCUUUAUGUUCUUCACCUUCGCUUUAUGUGUACCUUGCCUAAGAAACGUUCGAGGUCGGUUCCUACACGCAAAUCCGACCCUAUAUCUUCAGAAGCAAGAAAUCUUAUAGACAAUGAACAUGAAAGAAGUUUCUACUUGUAUGAUGAUAUGAGAGUAGUGUUUCCUCAGCGUCACUCAGAUUCUGAUGAGGGCAAGUUGCAUGUGGAAUAUCAUUUCCCAUCCAAUCCAAAAUACUUUGACAUCAGCAGCUAAAAUGUCAAUGCAUGAUUCAUCUCUCUCAAUAAUUUUUGUAUAUAGAUUUGUAAAUAUUGUAUUCAUUUCUUUUUUGGUACUAUGAACCCCCUAGGAAAAAGACAAAAGACAAAACUAACUUCCUUUGUAAUCAUGUUUGCAUCAUCUUAUACAGUAUACGCAGCCCACAAUCACCUUCUCUUAAAAAA